UUCCUUCUCUCAAUGCUACCACCACCACUUAAUUACUCUCCGAAUCUCGAACUCUCACUCUUUUUGGCCUUCCCUCUUGGUCCCUCCCUCUUGGUCCCUCCCUCUUGGUCCCUCCCUUAUGGUUCCUCCUCCUUGGUUCCUCCUCCCUGGUGGUCCCUCCUCCGCGGUUCCUCCUUGGUUCCUCCUUCGCGGACCCUCCUUCCUGGACCCUCCUUCCUGGACCCUCCUUUGCGGACCCUCCUUCGCGGACCCUCCUUUGUGGACCCUCCUCCCUCUUAUACUCGUUUUUCUGUCUUUUGUAGUGUUAUAUUU